AUGGAAGGAAUCCAUGAUGGUACGUCUAGCUCUCAAGCUCCUUCUCAUGUUUGGAGGCCUCCACCAGCAGGUUUUUAUAAAAUAAAUGUAGAUGGAGCACUCAAACCUGGUGACUCCAUUCGUGGGAUUGGUGUGGUUGUUAGAAAUGAAUAUGGUGAAUUUAUGGGUGCAUGUGUUAAGCCAAUCCAAGCCAGUUAUUGGGCUAGGCAAACGGAGCUUAUGGCUGCAAUUGAAGAAAUGCGAUUUGCUAUUGACAUGGGAUUUACUUAUGCCAUUCUAGAGAUGGACGCAAAAGAAUGCAUAACUGGUAUUCUUUCAAUAGAGGAUUGCAAUGGAACAGAUGGUCUCUUAUUUGAAGAGGCGAAACAUCUACUUAGUAAAUUUAGAAUAGUUUUAUGUCAAUGGACCCCAAGAAGCGGUAAUAAGGUGGCACAUACUUUGGCUCAGUUUGCAAUUAGUUGUAAUGAUUUUGUUUCUUGGAUUGAGGAAGCACCUACAUGGUUGCUCCCAUUUCUUUCUGCAGAUGUACUCUCUUUUUGA